CGUGAGAGAGAGAGUGUGUGUGAGUGAGAGAGAGAGAGGCGCCAAGCACUGGAGAGCGGGGGAGGGGAACGCGGCCUCCUCUUCCGUCCACUUCUCUCUUCGGCCAUUCGAACAACAAGGCGAGGUGGGAGAGAAAAAGGGACGAAGAAGGAGAACAAGAGAGUGAAGUAAUCCGAGAGAAAACAAGGCAUAAAUCCAAGUGUUUUUAGUGCUGGGCAUGGUGGAAUGACUGCGUCGGGCGAGCUUCCGAGAUCCGCAACCUGAGAAAUUUCUGAUUUUUCCGGUGCUCGCUUCAGUUCUCUUGCAGAUUCUUGGGCAGGAGGGGCGAUGUCGAGGCCUUUACAUCGCGGGCUAUCCGGCGGUGGACGGGUCGGUGGCGGUAUCAGCGGCUAUAACGUGUUUGAUCAAAAGUACCAGGUGAAGGAGUCUUUGGAGAAUGGAUUUGGUCAUGAGGCCACGAGCCCAGGCAGAGGAGCAAGAAGCCGGCCAAGCCUGACGUUUUUGCUUCUUAAGCUGGGUCUGGUCUUCGUCACCAUCCUCGCACUCUUGGGAUCGCUCUAUUGGGCUGUCUCCAUCUCCAACUCCUCUCGCCACAACGUUUCUCAUGGAUACCGGCGGCUCCAAGAGCAGCUUGUUGCGGACUUAUCGGAUAUCGGGGAGCUGUCACUGGGCAAAGCAAGGUUGAAGGAACUGGAAUUCUGCUCGCCAGAGUAUGAGAACUAUGUCCCGUGUUACUACAAUGUUUCAGAGGGCUUGGAUUUGGGAGAUCAUGAGGCCCCUAUUGAAUACGAGCGUCAAUGUGUUCGUGAGUCUGCAAUUGAUGGGGGCUGCUUGAUUCUGCCACCAAGGAAUUACAGAAUUCCUCUGAGGUGGCCAAGUGGGAGAGACAUCAUUUGGAAGGAGAAUGUAAAGAUCACCGGGCAGGACCUCUCAUCUGGGAGCCUGACCAAGAGGAUGAUGGUGGAGGAAGAGCACAUCUCUUUCCACUCUGACUCCCUUAUGGUUGAUGGAGUGGAAGACUAUUCACAUCAAAUAGCUGAAAUGAUUGGGCUGAGGAACGAGUCUAAUUUCAAUGAAGCUGGGGUCAGAACUGUGCUGGAUAUAGGGUGUGGAUUUGGUAGCUUUGGAGCACAUCUUUUCUCAAAGCAGCUGCUGACCCUGUGCAUUGCUAACUAUGAGGCUACUGGUAGUCAAGUUCAACUCACUCUUGAGAGAGGCAUUCCUGCUAUGAUUGGUUCAUUUGCAUCAAAACAGUUGCCAUAUCCAUAUCUUUCCUUUGAUAUGUUGCAUUGUGCAAGAUGUGGGAUUGAGUGGGAGAAAAAUGAUGGUAUUUUCUUGGUUGAAGUUGACAGACUUUUGAGGCCUGGGGGUUAUUUUGUCUGGACUUCACCUAUGAAUACUCAUAGAUCUCUACGUGACAAAGAGAACCAAAGGAAGUGGACAAGCAUUCGUGAUUUUGCUGAACAUCUGUGUUGGGAUAUGUUAUCACAACAAGAUGAAACAAUUGUGUGGAAAAAGACCGGCAAAAAGAAAUGUUACAGUUCCAGGAAAUCUGGACCUGCAGUCUGUGGUAGAAGCCAUGAUAUUGAAUCUCCAUAUUACCAACCACUCAAUCCAUGCAUAGCGGGAACCAGAAGUCAGCGUUGGGUUCCCAUUGAAUAUCGUACACCUUGGCCUUCUCGGGCUAAAUUGAAUUCUACUGAACUUGAUAUACAAGGUGUACACCUAGAAUACUUUGCUGAGGAUGCUGCAAACUGGAACUCAGUGGUUCAAAAUCAUUGGUCUCUUCUCUCACCUCUGAUAUUCUCAGAUCAUCCAAAGAGACCUGGUGCUGAAGAUCCUGCACCACCUUUUAAUAUGCUCAGAAAUGUGCUAGACAUGAAUGCUCGAUAUGGUGGUUUCAAUGCUGCUUUGUUAGAUGCUGGAAAAUCUGUAUGGGUCAUGAAUGUGGUGCCUAGAAGUGGCCCUAACUAUCUUCCGCUCAUUUUCGAUAGGGGAUUUAUUGGUGUUCAGCAUGAUUGGUGUGAAGCAUUUCCAACAUAUCCAAGAACUUAUGAUAUGGUGCAUGCUGAUGGAUUGCUAUCACUUGAAAAAAAUCAGAAGCACAGGUGCUCCAUGCUUGACAUAUUCUUGGAGAUUGAUCGCAUUCUACGACCAGAGGGCUGGGUGAUACUUCAUGAUACUGCUCCUCUUAUUCAAGCAGCCAGACCUGUAAUAACACAGCUGAAGUGGGAUAUGCGCAUGAUGGAGCUUAACGGUAACAGCGAUGAGAAGCUCCUCAUUUGUCAGAAGCCCUUCUUCAUGAAGCAACAAUAAUGAAUAUGAUUUACCAUGUCCCACAUGGGAUAUGAUAUUUGUUAUUUGUCGAUGGUGGUUGGCAUAAAGUCCCUGUCAAGAAAGGGAACCUGGGGGAUUUAGAAUACGUAGGGAGGUGAGGACCAAAAAAGAAAAAGGAAUUCUACGGAUACAAUCUUCUACUCCUGUGGAACCGCAAGGUGUCCAUAGGGCUUUGUAAUUAGGCAAAUGCAUGCCGGAGAGCAUAGAGUAGGUUAAAUUUCGAUGUUAAAGUUCAUUAUAAGGAUACAAAGAUGAAGCUGCGAAAGUUGUUAUAUUGUCAAGAAGAAUAACAAAUAAAGGAAUGAUAUAUGGAUAACUGUCAAUGCAUUAUAUGGAUGAAUUCUUUCUUCCACUA